CUACUGGCGGGACUUCUCCUCAUGGUAGUUGCAGAGUUGGUUGUUUAUAGACCUUGGAAAUUUGGUUUUACGUGGCAUUGCCGAUAAAACUAAGACAAGAUGAUGGCUACUAACGGAAAGAAAGUCUGUGGAAUGAACGGUGACGUGCCAUCGAUGUCUCCAAAUGGCACCAGCGAGGCUUUUGCUAACAAGUCUCAGUCACCGGUAAACGGAGCAGCAACCGCGGCAUCGCCUCACUCGAGCCUGCAAAACGGAGGAGCCGGUCGGGCCGAGAGGUUCACCUUCAGCUCCGAGCCCACCAUGGAGGACGUCCGGCGAAUGCAGGCGGAGUUCACGGACGAGCGGGACUGGAACCAGUUCCACCAGCCCCGUAACCUGCUGCUGGCUAUGGUCGGAGAGGUGGGCGAGGUGGCGGAGCUCUUCCAGUGGCGUGGGGAGGUGGCCGAGGGCCUGCCGGACUGGACCGAGACGGAACGAGAGCAGCUUGCACACGAACUCAGCGAUGUGUUGAUCUACCUGGUGGAGCUCGCCGAGAAGUGUCGCGUCGACCUACCCCAAGCGGUGCUCCGUAAAAUGGCCCUAAACCGACUGAAAUACCCCGCCAGCAAGGUGCACGGAUCGGCCAAGAAGUACACUGAAUAUAAGGACUGAGUUUGGUUGUUGAGAAGAAGAUUUCAGCCACGGGGGCUUGUUGCAGAGACUGCUGGAGCUGCUGGUCGCUGACAACAUGCUGCAGUUUAACUAUGGCCUGCUGCUGAACAUUUAAUCCCAAUGGUUCCGAGUGCUUUUUUUCUGGGUCAACUUGUUACACAACUGUAUGAAUGCUCUUAACUUCUGUGUAUUUUCUGUGAUACACGUUAGCCUAUUUGCCUACAUGUGCACAGUCACAUUUAGUAGGCUUUAGGAAUUUGGGUGCUUGAGGGGUUCUGUGCAUUUGCUUUUAUCGAGGGUUUUACUUUUACUGUUUUUAGUCUGAUCACUGAUGUGCCUGACUGAAAUGGAGGCAGUGCGUACUCUUUCCAGAAAAUAUUACUGUUGUGCAAUGCCUUUGGGGAUAUUUAGAAGAAUCUAUUUGUCACGGAACAUUUCAGAGGUUAUGGCCUGACACCAGUUUGGGAGUGUGACAGACUGCAUUAGAAAAUUGGUGUUUAAACAGAUGAUCGCUGUCCUGACCGUUCCUGACUAAAGAGUAAUUGUGAAUUGUUUUUGUGUUGUUAGGCUUUUGAUUUAUCCUCAUUUCCCAUCAGGGUUGUAUCCGCUCCUCUUCAGUUUUGUUCAAGUCACAUCUUCCUAAAGUAAAAGUUGCUUUAAAUUC